UCAACAAGAAGGAAAUGUUUUUUUCUUUUGGAGUAUUUUAAUGAUAUUUAAUCGCAUUGAGUGCUGUGCUAGCUUUAAGCCACUUUUAAGGCAAUGGCAGGGUACAGAAGGGUGAAUUAUUAUGAACUUUGUCGUCUUUGUACAUCAAGUGAAGGUACCAAAAUGCACAUAUUCCGCGAAGAGGGACGUCGAAGGCAACUCCCAACAAAAAUUCAGAUCUGUCUGCCACUUCAGGUAUCGUACGCCUUGGUUAUGAAACUUUGGUGUGUGGAAUAUGUAUGCGAAGAUGAUUCCUUACCGAAGAUUAUCUGCAGUCAUUGUGUGGACAAGCUGGAAAGCUUUUAUGACUUUCGGGAAUCCUGCGUCAAUGCAGAAGCGAUGUUGGAGAGUUACUUCACAUCCCUACGCUAUUCAGAUGACUUCACACGUGAAGGAAAAGUAUAUGUCAAAGAUGAGAGUCCACCAAAGAAAAAGACAACUACCACUGUAGCUGUAGCAACGACAGCCAACUCGGACUCUGAGAAACACCAGCAUAAUAAGGCCGGAACAGCUCUGACAGCUGCCACAGACGGUUUAAACAGUCUAGUGCAGGCAGCUGGUAUUCAGAUUGUAAGUGAUGCAGAUGGAACAAGAGUGCAGCAGUACAAAUGUGCCAUGCAGAUGCAGCCUGGGUCAGCAGGACCUACAGUAGUUGAGGCAGCAACCACUGAAGCAUGCUACAGCUACGAAUGCACUGCUGCCAACACACGAACUACUGACGCAAACCCCGUAGUUGCACAGGUGACAGCAAAAGUGGAAGACGGAAGCACGCAAUGCAGCGAGACGGACUUUGCGAACAAGGUUGUAUCUGCUAGGCACCAUCAGUCACCAGAAAACAGUGAGGAAGGUGAUGUGUCGGCUGAACAGCAUCAGCAGGCGACGGCAGCAGUAGCUUUUACUACGGCAGGACCGGGCCAGGAGAUGCUAGUACAUUUUAAUUUCAACAAGGACAGAGACGGGCUAUUUCGACCAGAAGAUCAUGCAGCAAUGCAGAGGUCCUCAAUAGCUCAGAUUGGUGAAUUUCUACGCAUGAAGACGGUGAAUAUCAUCGAUGGAACUUCUGGUCCCACGGCAACACUUCUUGAAGUAGCCGCAGCUCCAAAUGCUACUCGGCCUUGUGAGCGUUGUGGUAAAGUAUUUGGUACCCUUGAAGAACUUCAUUCACAUUCACCAUGUAAUUGUCCAACAAAUCAGGAUUCAGAAAACACUGUUGCAGACAAGAACGCCGGUAAUGUAGCAGGCAGUGGUGGCAGCUUUGGUUGUGAGAUCUGUGGCAAACCAUUUAAAAGAAAAGAGCAUUUAUUUCAGCACAGGAAGCUGCACACAGGUGAAAGGCCAUAUGUCUGCGUAUCAUGCGGGAAGGCAUUCAGCCGCAAAGAACAUCUGGUCCGACACGCGGUAUCACACACGGGGCAGAAGAUGCACGGUUGCGACCUAUGUGGAAAGAGUUUCAGUCGAAAAGACAAUUUACACAAACACCGCAAGACACAUGGUAUAGCUGGGCCAUAUAUUUGUGAAACAUGUGGUAAAUCUUUUGUUGUGAAACAUUAUUACCUCAUGCAUCGAGGAAGUCACGCCACUCCGGGUUCAUCCAUCGUGAACAGCGAUGGAACAGGGGAAGGUAACGGUACCAAUGCAACAGCUGAGAAUCCACUCCCUUAUAAGUGUGACAUAUGCAGUAAGGGAUUUGCAAUGAAGCAGUACCUUAUUACGCACAAACAGAGACAUCGAAAUAAGAACCAGCAGCAACAGUUACAGACUGGGCAGGCUGCAACAAAUACCGCCAACUUGGGACAGUCGCAGAAUAACCAGGUCAAAGUGGAGAAUGUUGGUACUGGUGAGGUCCAUGUGGCCGGAGCCAUCGGUCACAGUAAUGUUCCACUAACAACAAUUAAUAACACUGCACUUCUCUCACCAAACAUUUUACACCAUGUGACGACACAGCCGAAUCCCGGAACCGCUGGCGGAAACAACUCUUCAACUGCGGCCAUGAUUCAGGUGUCCUCUGCAGCUGCCACAGCCUACCUCUGUACUCCAGCAUCAGUAGCUGCUAAUGAAUUGCUGGAGACUUACAGAAGGUUGCAUUCUGCAUGAUAGUGGGUGAGAAAUGUGGGGUUAACAAUGACUUAUUGCUCCAUUUUGGUAGAAUUUCAGAUUUGUUAGUUUACAUGAAGAUUCUCUUCUUACCCUGCUAAUACUUCGAGACUUAAUAAUAAAUGGGGCAUUGCAUCUUGUUGGUAAGUACCAUUACAUUAACAAAGCACUGCAAAUUACUCUCCAUUAUUAUUUUGCUUGGUAAAAUAAAUAUAAUUCAUGACAUUACAGUUAAUGUAACCUGUGUCGAUUUUUCAUUUUACGUUAGUCGAAAAGCCAGUACUUACCUGUGUCCAGGUUGCCACUUAUAAAAAUAGUGCAAUCUUUUGUUUACCACCUUUUAACAUUGUAUGAGGGAGAUAAUUUCAUAUUAUUCAAUUUUAGAACACGUGCACUCCAGGAAUCUGUUUAUGUUGUGUACAACUGAAAAGAGUGACAAAAUUAAAAAUUACGGAUGCCAAAAUAUUGAAGGCAGGACAUUGAAUAAAUUUAUUGCAUUGUUUUCGGUGUCACAUACUACAUUUUUGGUACCUGAAGGAUUUGUGGGUGGUUGUAGAUGUAUUAACAGUUUUCGGAUUUACCUUAUGUUGAAAUGUAUGGGACAUUUACAUCCGUACGAUAGAUGGGGAAUUAUACUACAUUUUAGUUGGAAAACCUUGAGUGAAGAGAUCGCUUAGAAGACCUACGCUUUGAGUAGAUUUGUCAGACUCGGAAUAUGAAUCAAUAAGAGGCUCUUGCGAACUCAUUAAUGAGCCAUUAGGAUCCGUAAAAUGCAGAGAAAUUUAUUUAUUAAUUGAAUAACUUAUUCUCUUAAGAAUGAUUCUACUUCAUGGAGUUCGUUCACCUCAUGUUCUUUUACACUUUUACUUGUUCAAACCCUUUUAAUGUAAUAUCAUGCAGGAUUAGUUAAAAAGCUGUUACACAAAUCAAAACAAUUCUGAUUUGUCGUUAAAUGAUCAACGUCAACGUUCCCUUAAAAAUUAUGACAUUGACCCGCUGACAUAGCACAUCUGGUGGCAUGGCACUAGGAAUAUGUGAACUAUUAAAUUGUAAAGCAGUUAGUGUAUUGUUUAAUAUUGAUGUCAUAACAAGCAGUAUCACUCAAUAUUGUGUGUGCCGUUUGUCAUGAUAAUGCUUCUAAUGCAGUUUUUUACUGCAUGGGAUAAAGGCUACAGUUUGCAAUAUAAUGUUAUUUUUAAAUUAAAGGACAGGUAUCCAUGGGUUCCAAAGAAGUUCUAUAUUUUUAAGACGUUUUGCUUUUUAUUUUCAUCGUAAGAAUGUACAACACUUGCAUUCUCAAGAAUAAUUAAUUUUAAUAUUUCUUACAUUAAGAGUAAUCCAUAAAAUGUAAAUAUAAUUUUUUAUUUAAACAUUUUCUUAUAAAUAAAACUACCACGUGAAUAUUUAAUUACUUCCUUUUCUCAGUUUGCAGCUCUCUAAUACACUUCAGAAUUCAACAAAUUUUUGAUGCAACUGAGGAAGAUUGGGAUCAACUGGUUUUUUUUAUUCACACGGAAGCAAUGGGUAAAAUCGUGACAAAUAUCUUUGAAAUUAAUUACUGUAGAUGGUAUUUGGUUUUGGGAUAAUAAUUUUUCCUAUUACAUUCAAUGAUACAUAUCAAAUUAUAAGGCUUACUAUGACUUUCAGGCAAGAAAUGUAAGCUUUUUUUUUAUUUAUAUGCAGUAACACAGGUACUCUGCUAAUAUGGAUAUAAUAUAUCAUUGAUUGUCCCAGACCUUUAGAGAAUCAAUUUCUAGAAUUAUCAUUCUGUACGGACCAAAAUAGAACUUCCAGCAACUUUACUGUAGUAAUUACUUGAUUGCGUGCUGUCAGGUGUACUUCUUCAACAGGGGAAACUUUAAUCAAGUCUGUAACUUAAUUAAAAUCAGAAAAUAGAAAAUGCUUCAAAAGCAGUGUUUUUUACUUUCCAAGAUAUAUCCACAAUUUAAUUGCUUAUCACUUAGCAGUAGUGUGUACAGAUAAUGUAAUAUGUAUCCUGCUUACAGUUACAACAAAUUUUUAAUUUCGUAAGUAUGUUUUUGAAUGGAGUUUGUAAAAAUUAACAUGGGUUUCCAGUCAUCAAGAGUAUGAUUCAUUAUCACAUUCACAUUUUGACCACUACCCACUCUUUGAUAACAGAACUGAAGGUUCAGCUGCUAAUAGUAAGCUCUCUUUGAACAUGAUCCUCUGCCAUUUCUAUCCACUCCCCAUCAUCACAGCGAGUUUUUGAAUCGAAUAAUAACGGAGUACUUUAAUUUAUGUUUCUAUAGUCAUAUGAGCAUAACUUCUGUUUGUUGUUGUCGUCAGGUAUUUAAACAUUACAUAAUGACUUGUAGAUUAAUUUAUUUUCUAGCCUGUAAAUGAAUUUCUGCGUUAUUCUUUAUGGUACUUAUAUUCUAACCUAACAAAUUAAUAAUCAGCAAAAAAAAAUUGGGCAUUUUUUUGUAAUAAAUAUUUUAUUAUUGACAUCACCCCUUUGUGCAGGAUAAUAAAAUUCACUUCUAAUAAAAAUAAACUUGUACAAACAAGUUUAAAUGACAUUUUAAUAUGUUUUAGAACUAGUCCAUAUAUGAGCUGUUUUAUAGCUGAAGACGAGGAUUUACUGAAAGUUGACAAAAUUCCAGUCUGCUAUGUCAUAUUGCAUGAUAGAUACUUGUAAUAACAUGAAGUACCAGUACAAGUGAUUUCUAUACAUCCCUUACAUAAAAAGAAAUAUUAACCCUUUCAAGCCUAAUAAUAUAAAUAAUAGAAUUCAGUUUGUACUGGAAACAAAGAUGUCACCAUUACAAAGACCAAGUGGUUAAUGCUGUUUAAUUAUCCCUUAGAGUGAGAAUCGUACAGAACACACAAAUGCAAAAUGGAUUUUAAAGGAUUAACAAAGUACAUCAUAUCAGUUCUCAGUUUCCUUAUCCUUGAUGUUAUAUUCAUGCUUCCCGUGUAUUUCAAUAUCUAAAAUUUUUAAUCCUUUUUGGAUGUGUUUGUGUAGAUGUGUGCCUAGUGCUACCCUUCAACAUAUCGAUUUAUGUUAUAUAAUUGUUAUGCAUAUGAUAUUAAACAGGUUUCAAAUUGUGUCAUUACUCUGUGAGGUAGGAUAGUUCAUAGUUUAUGCUCACAUCUGUGCCUGAAGGCCAUGUUAACAAAGAAUGUUGUGAUGUAGGAAUGUGUUAACCAUCGUGGUCUUCAUUAUAUUUAUUUACCAUUUCUUUUU